AUGGACGCCUCAGAGACGGAAGGCGCUCGAAAGGACACGAAGGCGUUGACGGAAGGAAGCGUGAGCGAGGUCAACUCCUUGAAGGACGUCAUCCGGGACAUCGAUUCGGGAGAGAUCAACGAGCUAUCGGUCGUCGCAGAAGGUGAAGAAAAGACCACUUGGUUCGUCUGGAUCUUAGUGGCGUGCUCGACCAUUUCCGGGCUUCUUUUUGGUGAAUUCAUCACAUCAGCGACAACUUUGGGUGCUUUGUUGGGCGGAUUGGUUGCCGGUGUUCUUUCAGAUUGGACAGGCCGGAGAUUGGUGUUGGGCAUCGCAGAUAUAAUUUUCAUCGGAGGAGCAAUUGCUCAAGCCGUAUGCCAUGACGUAUGGAGCAUGAUUGGUGGUCGUUUUCUUAUCGGAAUUGGUGUCGGGUUGGCUGCGUGCAUAGCACCCUUAUACAUCCAGGAGCUUUCACCGACUCGGCUCCGUGGAAGAAUGGUCGUCUUGAAUGUUGUUAUGAUCACAUUAGGACAAGUCAUUGCCUAUGGUAUCGGGGCAGGCUUCUUCCAUGUCCGUGGUGGAUGGCGGUGGAUGGUUGGCCUGGGUGCUGUACCUGCAGGAGUCCAAAUAUUUUUCCUAUUCUUCUUGCCAGAAAGCCCCCGGAUUCUGGUGCGAAGAGGAGAUAAAGCAGGCGCGCACAGGGUCAUGACCAAGAUCUAUGCGUAUGCUAAACUCGAGGAGGUGGAGCUAAAGGUCAAAGUUCUUCAAGCUGCUGUACACCAAAGUAUAGAGAUUACAAAGAGUACUACCUUCCUGCAACGUUUCCGCUCCAUGAUAUUCAACCCCGUCAACAGACGUGCGCUCAUUGUCGGGUGUGGGAUGCAAGCCUUCCAACAACUAUGCGGGUUUAACACGCUCAUGUACUACUCCGCCACGCUGUUUAAGGAGAUAGGAUUCGACCAGCCGACGGCCGUCGGGCUUAUUAUCUCUGGGACGAAUUUCAUCUUCACGCUCGUAGCUCUCAAGUGGAUUGACAAGAUUGGGAGGAGGAAGAUUAUGGUGUGGAGCGCGCCGGGUAUGAUAGUAGGCUUGACAUUCGCGAGUAUCGCCUUCCAUUUCAUGACCCAGAAAACGAGCGGCAAUCUGAUAGAUGGGACGGAAUACUCCAGAGCCUGGUCAUCGAUCGUAUUGCUAUCCAUGAUCGUAUUCGUAGCUUCGUACGCGACUGGCCUCGGAAAUGUCCCAUGGCAACAGGGCGAGCUUUUUGGACUCGAAGUUCGCGGGAUCGGCACUUCCUUGUCUACCGCCACCAACUGGGCAGGCAACUUGGUCAUCGGAUCAACCUAUCUAUCGUUGAUGGCAGCUAUCACGCCCGCCGGUGCGUUCGGGUUCUACGCAGGCCUCUGCCUCCUCGGAUGGCUCUUUGUCCUGUGUUGCUUCCCGGAGACGGCGGGGUUAAGUUUGGAGGAGGUUAAAAUGGUCUUUAGAACUGGGUUUGGAAUCAAGGAAAGCCAGAGACUGAGGCUGGCGAAGCAAGAGAUCAAAGAUAGGGAAAAGGAAAGGAAGAGAAAUGAGAAGGUAGAGACAGCCUAG